AUGGCGGGCUCCCAGGUCGGAGCCGUGCUCGCCUGGCAAGGGGGCGCCACCGGGCCGAUCACGAACCGCUGGGAGCGGUCCUCGGCUGCGGUCGGGUCGGGCGUCGGCGGGGUGGCCGGCGUAGCGGGGUCCGCGCCGGGCUGGGGCCUGGGCAGCAAGGGCCGCGCGCACGUCGACCGCCCGCACUCCGAGCUCGCGAACGUCGGCUUGCCGGCGUGGUUCGGCGACGCGCAGGGCGAGGCAGCCGCGUAUCGCGGCGGGAAGAAUGUCGCCAAAGCAGCGCAGGAGAAGUCUGGGUCGCUGCAGGAGCCGGCGCUGAUCCUGCAGCGCAAGCUGGACCCGUACCUGUACCGCCGCACGGAGGCGCAGAUCGUCGGGAACCCCCCCCUGGACCCCCCCGAGUACCGGCGGCACCUCCGGGCGAUCAAUUACGUGCCCCCGCCGCCGCGGCCGGCGGGGCGGAGGGUCGUCGUGCCGCCGGAGCCCAAGCCGCAGCCGCUGCGCGGCAUCAGGAAAGUCGAUGUGCCGGAGCCGGAGACGUCCACGCGCGACUCCAUCCCGCUGCCGCCGCGGAGAGCCAAGGUCCCGGGCCAGGGCAUCACCAAGGAGAGCGGGCCCGAGAUGGAACGGAGCUUGGGCGACGAGAUGUUUCACCGGCACCGCAUCGACCUCAAGGACUUCUACGGCAAGGGCUACGCAGGCGACAAAACGGGCACGCUCGGCGCCCCGAUUCCCGUCGAGCUGGCUCAGGGCACCUUCCGCAAGGAGGUGGACCCGCCGACGUUCACGCGCUUCAUGUCGACGCUGGCGCCGCCGCCCGAAAUCUCGUGCCACGAGCGGCGGCGGCGGCACUACGAGAGAAAGGUGCUCGACGAGAAGCAGGACGACCAAAUGAAGGUCGCUGAGCUCGACAAGUGGGACGCCGCGGUGCACAAGGACGACGACGUGCCGGCGGACUGA